CAUGCCAAAAUUAAUCCUCACUUUGUUUUCGCUACGGAGGUACGAGAUUGCACAGGUGUCCUCAGUGUAGCCUCCGCCUGUGUUAUCUUAGGCUUUCUGCCAGAAUUACAAUGAGUUAUUUUGAUUGGUUACUUUUUUAACUGACCAUUGUGUGGUCUACAAACACUUCAUUAACUGAAUAAACUAGGAUUAGCUCCACUCAUAAACCCUUAUGCUGCAGCAAAGCAGCACUGAUUGGCUGAUGUAGAGGUGGGGAAGAGAAUUUAAUACACAGAAUUCUAGUUCAACUUGGACUAAGUGUCACAGUCCUGACACAGGUAAGAUGCAAUACUAUUAAAGACAAAGUUGAUUAGAUUGGAAAUACAAAUUGUGUAAAUUGUGUGUGUGUGUGUAUGCACAUUAUAUGUAUAUAUGUAAAAUUUGAGUUGAACUUUUUAAAUUUUGCUCUGUUUUUUAGUAAUGGAGUUGAAAACAAUUCACAUUUUUGUCGCUACCCUGCUCUGUGGGUUCGGGGCUGCUGGACCUGCAGGAAAAGAGUUUGGGAUGUCCUUUAUGCAGAAUUACAAACCAGGAGGUCCAGCACGCUUCAUCGUAGAGGUCUCCAGCCCCCCAAGUUCUCUAUUAAGCACAAAGGUGAAGGUGACGGCCCUGGGAAAAGUCUUUGAGACGACUCUUCAGCCAGGAAGUGGUGAGACUUUCCAGCUUCCUGAUGAGGUGGAGAUGAUUGGAAGUGCAAAAAACAAACAGACAGUCUGGGUAGAAGCCGAUCAGGACAUUCUGGUGCUUACACUAAACUAUAAGCUCUACACAGCAGAUACGUCUGUGAUCUACCCUGUCCAGGAAUGGGGGACAGAGUAUUACAUCUAUACUCCACUGAUGGGUCCACCUGAUCAAUUCAAAGAGUUCUCCAUUACCAAUCAAGGUGUACAAAACACUGUGGAGAUUCAAUUAAAUGGUAUGGUGACAUUUGAAGGUCAGCAAUAUCCACAAGGUAGCAAACUUGUCAUUGAUUUGGAGCCAUUUGAAAGUGCCCUAAUCCAAAGCAAAGAAGAUCUGACCGGCUCCAAAGUGUCAGCCAAGCAGCCAGUGGCAGUCUUCACAGGACACAGCUGUACCUGGUAUUUUACAGAUGGUAAUCAUGUGUAUGAACAACUUCUUCCUGUUAGUAGCUGGGGAAAGGAGUUUGUAGUUGCAACUCUUGCAUACUCAAACCCAGUCAACAGAUUUGAUUCAAUAAUCAUUCAGGCCUCAGAGAACACUGGAAUUCAAAUCACUUCUCGAGAUGGAACAAAUUCAAAAGAAUUGGUGGCUGGAGAAACACUUUAUAUCAAUCUUCCAUAUCCAAACUCUCUGUAUUUAUCUGCUGAUAAAGGUGUACAAGUGCUUUAUGAGUUCAAUGGUGGAAUCAACCAAAAUGGACAAACAAAUGACCCCUUCCUCAUUACUGUCCUUUCGACUGACCGCUUCAGUACCUCAUACACAAUGGAAAGUCAACUUAACUUUACCAAUGAAGCUAUUAUCAUAGCUCAGGCCAAAGACUUGGGAAAGCUGACACUAGAUGAAAAUCCAUUACCAAAUGACCUUCAGUGGUCUCAAGUAGGGGAAAGUGAAUACUCAUGGACACAAAUCAGUUAUAAUGAAGGCCCUGGAUUUCAUCAAGUUUCACACCCAGAUUCACCUUUUGCUCUGUACAGUUUUGGUGCAUCAAAAUACAACGGAUAUGGAUCACCUGCCCCUAGUAAUCCUCCAGCCACAGUUGGUGUCUGCUGGGUGAUGGGCGAUCCACAUUACCGCACAUUUGAUGGCAGUUACUACAACUUUAUGGGCAAUUGUACAUAUAUCAUGGCCAAAAACUGCCAUGUGGACAGUUUUCACCCUGCUUUUGAAAUCCAAACUGAGAACGAACGCCUUGGCAGUGCAAAAUCCACUAGUGUCAACAAAAUCACCGUCAGUGUCUAUGGCACAAACAUCACAAUUGUCCGUCAUGAGACUGGAAUUGUACGAAUUAGUGAUUCGCUUUGGUACCUUCCAAUCUCCUUGGGCAAUGGCAAAGUAACGCUUCAGCAAAGUGGUCUGUCGGUUAUAAUCAAGACAGACUUUGGACUGUCAGUACAGUAUAACUGGGAUCAAUAUAUGGUGGUAAAAAUACCAGGGAGCUUCAUGGGAAGAAUGUGUGGCAUGUGUGGAAACUACAAUGGGAAGAAAGAGGAUGACCUAACCACUCCCACUGGCAGUGUAGCAGACAGUAUUCAACAACUGGGAAAGAGCUGGAGAGUACCAGGUUUACCAGGAGAAGCCUACUGCAAUGAUGAUUGUGAAGGGCAAUGUAAGAGUUGUCAGGGAGAAUCAUGGUUUGAACGUUUGGCUGCAAAGGCCUUCUGUCACUUAGCCACGAUUCUCAGCGAUGGUCCAUUCCGAGACUGCAGCUCUGUCAUUGAUCCAAAGGUUUUGUAUGAAAAUUGCUUAUUCGACUACUGCAUGGGGAAAGGAUACAAAAACUUCCUAUGUAAAACAGCAGAAAUUUAUACUGACGCUUGUCAACGAGCUGGUGUCCAUGUGCAUAACUGGAGACACACUAUUGGCUGUUCUAACCCUAGCUGCCCAGCAAACAGUCACUUUGAUUCCUGUGCCUGUCCUGCCACCUGUGAGAAUCCCACUCCUUCUGCUGAAUGUAAAGCAAACUGUGUAGAAGCUUGCACUUGUGAUGAUGGAUACUUGUGGAGUGGAAACAAGUGUGUCCCCAAGACUCAGUGUGGCUGCAUGUAUAAAAAUGGAAACAAUGAGCGUUAUUUACAGGCUGGAGAAUCCAUCUGGGCUGAUGAGAACUGCAACACUAAAUGCACCUGCAAUCCAGGAAACGCUGAAAUCAUAUGUGAAAACAGUGGUUGCUCAGCCGGAACAGAAUGCAGUGUAGUCAAAGGGAUCAGAGGCUGCCAUCCAGUACAUCAUGCCACCUGUUCGAUUUAUGGAGAUCCUCAUUAUAACACAUUUGACAACAGCAGCUAUGCCUUCCAGGGCACUUGUGCUUACAUUGCUGCUCAGGGCUGCCACCUGGAGGGAACCCAACUGACUCCAUUUACAGUUAUAGUAGAGAAUGCACAGUGGAAUGAGAUUCAAGCCUUUCCAAAUGUCUCGAUGGCCAAGGUGGUAAUCGUCCAAGUGUAUGGCAUGACAUUAGUGCUGCAAAGGAAUCAAUUAUAUCAGUUUACGAUUAAUGGAUUACUAAUGAACAUUCCUGCAAGUCUGGAUAAUGGAAAAGUAAGGAUUCAGCAAGAGGGCGAUCAAAACGUAAUAUUAACAGACUUUGGCCUAAGAGUUGCCUUCAAUAUGAUUUAUCAUGUCACCAUUACAGUCCCAAGCAGCUACGUAGGAAAGACCUGUGGCUUGUGCGGAAACUUUAAUGGCAAUAAGAAUGAUGAGUACCUGUUGCCAGAAGGCAAGGAAACCAGAGAUUUGAAAACAUUUACAUCUGCAUGGAAAGUACCCAUGCCUGGUCUUUUGUGUGAUGAAGGCUGCAAUGGUGAUUUCUGUCCAAAGUGUCCUGAAGAUAAGAAAACUGCAUUUGAAAAGGACUGUAAUAUUAUUACCAACCCCGAAGGUCCAUUUGCUGCCUGUCACAGUGUAAUUAACCCUGAUUCCUACCUCAAAGAUUGUGCCUAUGAUGUCUGCAUGGGUGACGGAAAUCAGAAUAUGCUCUGUCAAGACAUUGCUGCGUACAUGAUUGCUUGUCAGGAUGCAGGCGUUACUGUUCUAAAUUGGAGAACGCCAACAUUUUGUCCUUACACCUGUCCUGCCAACAGUGUCUACGACAUGUGUAAAAAGUAUGUGACGCACCAUGUCCUGGUCUUUCUGAUAUAAUGAUAUGCAAUAUUCAGACCUGUUCUGAAGGCUGCAUGUGUAAACCUGGAUUCUUUAACAAUGGAACUGGCUGUGUUACAGCAGAUCAUUGUAGCUGUUAUGAGAAUGGAAUCACCUAUCAGAUUAAUGAGACUAUCAUCACAGAAUCUUGCAAAGAAAGCUUGACCUGUCUUCCUUCUGGAAAAGUAAGUCAUAGAACAAUAGAAUGUAGUUCACUUGAGGACUGUGAGAUAAAGAAUGGCGUUCGUGGCUGCUAU